AACCUUUUAAUUUGUUGGUGGUGGAUAUCUAAAGAAGGUGUACCUUCCAGGGAUGAAUAUUACGUGAUUAAAUAAUGAUGAAGAUGGGGAACGGAAACAUUUUCUAGUCGUCUGGACACAAUAUCAAGACUUUUCAGCUACAGUUGGUGUGCUGAUAUAUUUCGGUAGAACUAAUUCGAGGUAUUUUACUUCAAUUAAAGCAGGACAUAUGAUAAUUCAAAUAUACUAUGAACAAAUCAAUACUGAUAAAGCGAAAAUGCUUUAUUUGUUGAAACAUUUACAUGAUGAACUUGCUUAAAGGAAACACGCCUAACUAAACAGAAAUGUUUUAUGAACGUAAGGUUGCUUUGAGUAUCUGGAGAGUGUAUUCGCCAAUAUUGCUUAUUUUCGGAACAAUAGGAAAUCUUAUGGCAAUAAUUGUUCUGAUGCAACGCAGGAACCGCAACUCUAGUAUAGCAAGAUAUCUGACAGCGCUUGCUGUAUCCGACUUAAUGAUACUAUGGGUCGCGGUACCGAGAAACCUUCUGCAUUUCGGGUACGGUAUUGACAUAAGAGCAAGGUCACAGUUUGUAUGCAAAGUUCAAAUAUAUUUGCUCUACCUUGCAAGCCAUUGCUCUGCUUGGUUUGUUGUUACAUUAACCAUUGAGCGCUUCAUUUCUACAUGGCUUCCGACUAAAGCAAAAACAAUAUGUACUGUAGGAAAAGCAAACUUCGUUAUAUUAAGCCUGUUCGCCUUCUUCAUUUUAUUGAAUGCACAUUUUCUUUAUGGUCUGGGGCACCCAAAUGGUCAUUUAUGUUACCCGAUAGGCGACAGCUAUGCACAUUUCUUUUUUAACAUAUGGCACCUGAUACAACUAAGCGUGUUUUUCCUAGUACCACUAACAAUUUUGAUGGUAAUAAAUAUAUCCAUCAUUAUUCGUCUCUUGAUUAUCAGGCGGAAGUCUCAAACACAGGUUAUACCUCAGGCACUGACCACUGCAGCACGAGCAAGAAAAGCAAAAAAUAAUCAGAUAACCGCGACGCUAAUCGCAGUGAACGUAGUUUAUAUGAUCUGCGUGACCCCUUUAUUGGUUUUUGCUACGUCCUAUGCUGACUGGGUUGCGUCACAUGGAGACAGUUACAGUGACGCUGUUUUAGAACUUAUUUGGGCAAUAGUAAAUGCAUUGUUUUAUACUAAUAACGCAGUAAAUUUUAUCCUGUAUUUCGUCAGUGGAUCAAGAUUCAGAACUGAGGUCGUAAGAAUUUUCUGCCAGAGGAUAAAUUCGUGCCGAAUUAUUUGCCGGUGGAAUUGUCAUUCACGGGAACGUAUUGUGAAUAUAAGCGCCGUUGAAGGGAAUAUGAAUUCAGAACUGCGAAACGUGACCGUGUCACAAGCAUGAAAUUUUAUACCUUGGACCAGUAUUCAGUAAUACUGUACGAUCCAUACAGCGAGAUGUUAUCAACUUGCUUUCAAUCAAGGUCUAUUGACUGUUUCGUCCGCCAAGCGCGUGUCAUGUUUUAAAAUAGGUCACGGACUUUCAUUCCUCUUUUAAUGUACCCUCAGUUCAAAAUUUCAUACCAUAUGAAUUAAUUUUAAUGUUUGUCGUUAAGAAAUAUUCUUCAGUGAUUUUCAAUGGUAAGGCAUAAAGUCCUGACGACAGCUCAUGUUGCCUAAUUUAGAGCAGAAAGAAAAAUGUAAAGCUUGAUUUUAGAAGGUUUACCCUUGUCCAACUCGACAAAUAAGCAAUAUUGAGCGGCAUGAUAUGUGAGUUUUUUUUAUAAUGCUACACAAAUUGGUGCACGAAACAAAAUACCUAGCAACCAUCAAUCAGUGAUUUAUAGAACAUUAAAACUAACCAAAAUGCAAUAGAUCUUACAUGUGGUUGACUAAACAGGCUUUUAAAACUGUAUAAAAGAAUGGACACGUCAAGUACUUUUUUUAAUACACGUGUUUCUCAUUUUCUACGAAUAUCUCUUCUUGUAUGUUUUCAUGAAGGGGCGAUAGAAGAGAAUUUCAUAACCUUUGACCGCCAAAUCCGUGAUGCACGACUUACAUGCUUAAAUACCUUGUGCGAUUUUCAAAACAGAGUGCUUUAUAGUUAGUUGGUCGCCCACAAGAUCGCUUUUACAAAAGCACAGUUUACCAGUUACCAGUUCCAAAAUGGCAAGUCGUGGAAUCAUAACUAAACAGUCAAAUAUUGCAAUCCUAUCCACAUUCUUAAUCGGUUAUAAUGACGGACUGUUCCAUCAGUUCGGUUGUUAUGUCAACGGCAAAAUCUUUUACAUUCUGCGUUAGAUCCAGUCGGUUAUAAUGAUAAAAUGCCAUCUAAUAUAACAUGCACGUCUUUUUUCGUUUCUUUCCAUUACUCUGUUACAACUGUUACAUAUAUACAUAUAUCGUUUGUUGUGCAGGUAUGUCUAAAUCAUGACAUUGAAAAUUACUUGCUAAUCGCAUGAUGACAAAACGGCCACAGCAUUGCAGCAUUUUACCAUUGUACAUGUACCAGACAUUCAGUCUCCUGUUUCUUUUGGACUGAGAAAAGGUAAACCUGUUUAGGCUCUAUGGUCUGGAAAGGUACCUCCGACUUCUGGAGGCGGAUACAAUGCCUAUUACAAAUCUGUGACGGAAAUUGUAUGAGUAACUGAUUGUAUGAGUGGCAUAACAUACGAAAAGUAUCAGCAGUACAUCAACGCGUUUAAAUGUCAUAUGUUUGGAAUGUACCAUUUAUAAUUUUUAUUAUGUUACUGUGCUUUGUACUGUACUUUCAACACAUGCAGAUAUUGUCAAAUAUGUGCUAUUUGUUAUCAUUUUGUGAACAAAAUAGUUAUUGUGUUAUGUUUCAUAUUUUCAAUAUUAAAACCGUCUUUAGUUUGGUACCUGAUUAACGACAUGCUUCUCAUGAUAUGUGAUAACCUAGUACCAGUUCAUCGAAAAGUUAUGGACUGAUGAUACCAUGUCUUUUUGCAGCAUCUUCUUCUUUUCAUAUGACAGUCAUAGAAUUUAACACUAUUCGUUCUGUACUUGAUUUAGCGGAUCGUCUUCUGUUAUAACAAAUAUUUCAGUAUUUCUAAAUAUAAAACUGAAACUGAAACAUGUUGAUGAAAUAAUUAUAACUUUGAUAUUGAUGAAAAAUUGAAAGUUGAAGAAAAAUCGGUUGAAGUGUAUAUUCAAAGGAACAUGAAUAUAUAUAUUGAUGAAAAAUUGAAAGUUGAAGAAAAAUCGGUUGAAGUGUAUAUUCAAAGGAACAUGAUUUUAUUUUUAUUUGUUUUAUCCUCAUCGGUAAACAGAUAAAUAAUUCCCUGACAAUGUAGUAAUUUAAAGAAGAUACCAUACCUUCUGAGCAUAAAUUUGUUUGCUAGUUUUAAUAACAUUCUAGAUAAAAGGCAAGGAUAAGAUUCCCAUGAGAUCUUUUACAAUCCUAUACAUGAAUAUAUGUUAAAUUGUAGACAUAGAAAGGUGCAUAAUGUUGCAGACCUAUGAGAUAAGUGUGGACAAAGGCUAAGAAUUAUGAAUGUAUAUUACAUUCUGUGUUAUUGUUUUUUUGUUGUUUUUUUUUUUUUGCUGUUUGCCUGUUUUUGACACUUUUAAACGUCUAAAACAUUUUAUCAGAAUUAAGUACUUAUGAUUUUAUUAAUUUUGUUUAAUUUUGCCAGUUAAUUUUUAACAAUGUGUUAAGUGUUAACAAAACAAAUGUUGUCAAAUAUCUAAAUAAGUACAUGUAUGUAAACCAUUUGUUUUGAAAGAAACUAGAUUUGCCUGUAGAUAGAAUUAGGUCUGUUACACUGUAUUUCACAUAUACACAGAGAAAUUUGUUUUACAUUCUUACGAAGACCUCAGAUCAUUAUCUUCUACUUUAAUAAUGCAUAGCAUGUUGCAGAAAUUACAGAGGUUAAAUAACUUACAGAAGUUACAUGACUUACCACUCUAUAUUAGAUAUUUGUUGACUUAAUACUUAAUUUGUAGACUAAACCUGUAUGGUGUUUAAAUGUUUUCGCUACUAUAAAGAUUAGACUGAACUGUUAUUUGAUUAUUCAUUUACCUGAUUUGUCAUUCUAUCAG